AUGUCAAGUCCGAGAAAAACAAGAGUUGUCGAAGCGCAACCCCAACCAGUUUCGUCGAAGCACGAUCCCGAGGAAAACAAGUGUCGCCGAAGCGCGACCCCAAUCAAAACUGCACAAUCUGAGUCAAGAGAAGAACUCCAAAUACCAAGAACCUUGCCUGUACCACCGAUUGUUGUAGAAGAAGAAGAUACAGAGCCUACUCCUCCUCCUUCCCUUGAGAUUAUAGAACAAGUUAUUGAAGAACCACCAGUACAAGACAAUGCUCAUCCUAUGACUAUUAGAGCUAAAGCUAGUAUUCAUAAACCGAAUACUAGAUACGUCCUGCUCACAGCUAAAUCCCCUGGAGGUUGCAAAUGGGUCUUCACAACCAAGAUGAAACCUGAAGGCUGGAUUGACAAACUAAAAGCUCAGUUGGUGGCAAAAGGGUUUAAUCAAGAAGAGGGACUUGAUUAUUUAGAAACGUUCAGCCCUGGAGUAAGGACAACUACUAUUCGCAUGAUACUUGAUAUAGCAACGGCAAAGGAGUGGCCAAUCAAGCAACUUGAUGUCUCUAAUGCCUUUCUUCUUCAUGGAGAAUUACAAGAACCUGUGUUUAUGAUGCAGCCUCCGGGUUUUGAAGAUCCAGAAAAUCCGGCCAAAUCAUCUGAUCCAUCUCUAUUCACAUACUACAAAGAUGGAAAGAGUUUGGUAAUGCUUGUGUAUGUAGAUGAUAUUUUACUCAUUGGAAGUGACGAUGCUCUAUUAAGUGAGAUUCUUGAGGCUCUCAAUGGGAGGUUUAUGAUGAAAGAUUUGGGAAAACCACAUUACUUCCUUGGAGUUCAAAUCGAUCAAGAAGAAGGAGGUCUGUUUCUACAUCAAACUGCUUAUGUGAAAGACAUACUAUUUCAGGCAGCAAUGGCUGAUUGCAAUUCCAAUGCCAACCCCCUUUACCACAACAGGGACCUUGAUAUCACACAAUUCGAGCCAACUCUUCUGCAAUGUGAUAACUUGUAUGCGGUGUAUCUGAGUGCUAAUCCUGCUCUGCACAACAGGUCUAAACACUGUGAUACUGAUUCUCAUUACAUAAGAGAGCAAGUUGCAUUGGGGUUGAUAGAAACAAGUCAUAUACCAGCUAAGCUUCAGCUUGCUGAUAUAUUCACUAAGUCGUUCCCAUGA